GGCCAUCACCUCAACCACUGCCUUGGUCGCCUGAUAUUAGUAUAUUUCAACUUUAUUUACACCAAUAGAGUACACCAGCUAACAAAUCUCAUACCCAUACUCUUUAAACACAUAACCAGAAAACUCAUGACAAUAAAAUUUAUAUAUAUAUAUAAACUAAAACAAUUGUUAAAAUAAAGUCUUCAAAUUAGAUACCAGAUGAAAGAAUGAUAGUGGUGAUAGACAUAGUUUGUCGUGACGUUAGUGAGGCACUGUGAUACACAUUAUAUCCUCAAAGCCAUCGGUUUCUUACGGCCGUAUUUUACUGGAUAAAAGAGCCUGGUAGUGCAAAACAGUGGUGAGGCAUGUGGACUGCGAUGGACCCACACAAUGACAAUAGUGACUAUGAAGAUGAGGCCAAGUCACCAAGUUAUCAGCUAUUUCCUGCACAAGAUUAUCCACCAGCACCUACCUCACAUCAUCCAGAGAAAGACAUAUACAGGUAUUAUGAAAUUGGGAAUAACUCAUCAGUUGAAAAUAUCUCGGAUCAUGGAACACCACCAGUCUAUUUCAAUAAUAAAGGAGACACACCAAAGGCCUCUCAAAGUACUACAUCUGCUGCCUCAGCGAGCAUCUCCAGAUAUUCUCGUCUCCUUCACAUCUUCAGCAGCGGGAAAACUGGAGCACUGAAUUUAAAUGAUAAAGUGGGAGAAAAUUCCUCUGAAAGUGUAAGCAGUGUACAAAGCAACAGUAGUCUUUUAAAUGUGGAUUAUUUAAAAGAAAGUCAAAAUUGGCCGCUGAUAGAAGCCUCAAAUACAGUGGAAGACGAAGCAACACAGGAUGCCCAGAAAGAGUGGUCAUCGAGAAGUGAUUAUGAUGGUGACUACACACCAGAGACCUUUUUCGGGCACUCCAAAGCUGUAGAAAAUAAUUUAAUGAACCAUACACAUGAUAAUUCUCUCCUGACAUCUUGCAGUGCAGAGGCAGCUAGCACAAGCAUAGAAAUGGUGAAGUCUGCUGAGUUACCUUCAAAUAAUCUCAGUGAUAAAGCAGCAAAAGACAAAUUUAAUAACAGGUAUAUAGACUCUGUGUGCACUUCUCCAGCUUCUAUUGCUCACCAACAAACUUCUUGUUUAGAGGAAAGUUUUACAUCUAUGAAUCACUCAGACAGUAGAGAGCCAGGUCCCCAUGGUGGUGACUUAGGGGCCUCCAGCAUAAAAGAGAGUAGAAGCUCCUCCACUGAAGAGGACGUAUCUUUCAAGAGAGUUAAAGACCAGCUAAAAGUUUUUCACCUGAGGAUAAAAGUUUAUAACUAUACACACACAUUACUAGAAGAUUCGAGGAAAGUUCUAGGUUCUUCAUCCAAACUUGAAGCUUAUAUAAAGCAACUGACGCUGGCCGUGUCAGUAGAUGAUCUCGUCCAGAAACUAUUAUUGUUCUCAGAGGCACUUAAGAGUGAUAUGCAGUUAGCUAGCUGUUUCUUGACUAACCUCAUAAGUUAUGUACAAUCAGUCCUUGACUUGGAGAAAAAUCUGUCUGACAUUAAUGAAAUUCUCGAUUAUCUGAUUCCCUCUGUUAAUAUUGUUGUUAACAGCAAUAUUGAUAAAAAGACCAUUCAAAAUAUUCAAAAUGAAAACUUUAUGCAAAUUCUUUAUAAGAAUACAGUAAAUAUAUUUAAUAGGGAAUCAAAAUAUAGAGAAACAUCUAUCAAUGACCUCUUGCAGUAUGAGCAAGGCAGGAAAACAGUCAAGGCACACAUAGUCCGUAUGAGUCCCGAAGACUCGCAGAAACUAUUUCAGGAGACUUUUGAUGAUGUUGGGAGUGUGUCAAAUUUAUAUCUUAUAUAUGUGUGGAGGAUAUACAAAAUUUAUGAGGUAGAAGAAGGGAAUACACCGGAGUCAUCUGUGACGUCGCUCACAGAAGUAAUGAAAAAUUCAGGAAAAUUUUUAAGCAUAGUUCCAACUAAGGACUUAUUAUCCAAGGAAAGAAAAGUUCCCUACACUCAGAUUGGGAAAAAACUUAGAGCAGAAGAAAGUGACACCAUGAAUGAUACAUCAAAAACAUUGGUGGAUAUGAGUUUUGAAUGGGCAGAUUUUAGGAUUGGUCAGCUCUAUGAAAAUGGAGUUGUAUUUUUAACAAACAUGGACAAUUGGGCUGAUCGUUUACAGGAAAUCUCGGCAUCCAUUGAAAAAUUAGAAGUGAAGAAGAAAGUUAAGUUUCUGCCAACACUAGGAUCAACCUAUGCACUAUCCCUGCAGCAUGGCAUAAGUGUUCUUAACGGUGAAGAAGACGUGUCAUACAUUCGAGUACGAGUCGUGAGAUCAGUGGGUCCUGUGGUAUGGGUCUAUGGCAUAGACAUGGGGAACAUACACUUGUGUGAUGCAGCCCAGCUCAUUCUUCUCCCUGCCUACAUCAUCAACUUCCAACCAUGUGGCAGAUUGGCUCAACUGCCGGUGGUGCCAGCCCCAAGUGUGACUGAGGUAAAGCCAUCCUUGGCACUACUGGUGGCUCUUGUUCAACGCGCUGACCUGGCAGAGCAACUUUGUAACAUUGAUAUUCAACACAUGGCCAUCUGGAUGCAGCUUAAGGCGUUGACACAGUUAACUCUUGAUUUUCUGGAAGCAAUCAUAAAUGCGAUCCCAAGGACUCAUCACUUAUCUGACAUCUGCUUAGUCAUCUCUGAUUACUUACUGGGAUUAACAUCAAGGAACACCAACGAGACAGCUUGUAUGGCUACAGCAUUUUCAAUACUCAUCUCUGCAAUGAAAACUUCAUCAAAGAUACGUCUCCUUUUGGCAAAAGAAGGAGCUUUUACAACUCUGUGUGAUCUAGGGGUCAGGAAGGGGGAGGAACAAGCUUGGCAGGUCAUGAAAAUUUUACUAGGAGGUGACAUAACCAUGAAGAUGUGGUCCUCCCAGUCUAGUAAAGUGUCUUUAAUUCAUCACAAAAGAGGUCCACAAAAAUGGGAGGCAGAGAGACCACUGGUGCCAGCAGCUAACUCACCCACCAAUGGGGACAACUCUCCAGCCAUAACGAACAUGGUGGCUAUGACUCUUCCUGAUUAUAACUGGGACUUGGAGAUGCGCAAUACCAUCAACACCAGACAGUUUGUUCCUUACAGUACUCACAGAGGCUGGCAGCGGGAAAAGAAGGAAACACUUUCUCCAAAUGUUGGAGAGUUGCAGUAUGGUCAUGUGUUAAAUGUGAAGAAUGAUGAAACUCACCACAUCAUCCUGGACAAAAGUGUACCAAACAUCAGGAUGAACACACUCCUCCAGAUUAUUUUGGGUAUGCUGAACACAGGCUUGGGAGGCAAAAUAUACAUAGGUCUCAACAAGUCUGGGGUCAUCCAUGGGGUGAAGAUAAACCGAAACCAGCGUGACUGUUUUAUGCUUGGUUUUUUAAAGUUGGUGACUUCAGAGAUCUUCCCAAAGGUUCUUCCGUGUGACACACUCAUCCAGUUCCUGCAUGUAAUUCGUUGUGGAGUUCUCCCUGUUACAACGCAGAACCUGACAGCUGAAACACCCGACCUCAAUGAGUCUGACUACUAUGUUAUUAUUCUUACGGUACGACCACUGUCCAGUUCACCGUACCGUUCCCGUGAUGACCCUGACCCAAUAUUCCUGCGUGAGGGAGGCGUAACGAGCACCCUUCGUGGACACCGCCUCAGCCAAUUUAUGUCGACCUUUACUAAAAAGACUCAAGAGCUGCAACAGCAGGUGUCUCAGGAGAAACAGUCAUUGCUUAACCUAAUACUGACUAAUGAAUCAUAGCAGUCGUGAAUAACAUUACUUCCGGUGAAUAUUAUUUUUUUGAGUUUUAUAUACAGUAGUGUAUGUUACUUUAUUUAGUAUUAUUUUAUUUUUUUUAAAACUGUUUAUUUUGCAAUAUGACAGGCAAGCAUGUUGGUAAUUUUGCAAAAUAACUUGUAAACAGGCCAACCUAACCUAAUAGUGUAGUAAGGUUGAAUAAGGUUAGGUUAUGAUAGUUUAGGUUAGGUCAGCUUGUGUAGCACGAUUAACAGUUGCAAAUUUCUGUUCUUUUUUCUUUCUUUUUUAACUUUGGACUGUGUGCUGUCCUAACCUUACCUGUUUUAAUUUCUAACUUAUGUACAUGCUGGCCUAGGAUUUUGGUUCCAUAUCUUAAAAUUCCAACAAUUUGUGUUAAAUAUUGAGCAUUGAAGAAAUUUAUACAGUAAUUAGAUAAUUUAAAAUGUGAUAUACACCGUGCCUUUAAGUUUUGAAAUUCUUUUAUAAUUUUUAUAUUUUCUCAUUAAUAUACUGUACAUAUAUAUUAACUUUUCCAUUUUAUGAUUAUUUUCAUUUUUCACAAAAAAGGCAUUCUAUCGACCCAAGAGAUGCCUAACCUAUUAUUUGGUAUGAGGCCAAAACAUAGAUUUUGUUCAUAUUUCAUACAAAGGUACUCUUAACACAUGCUGGUUAAGGAUCUGGGUUAAUUAACUCUUUGAGGCAACUUUAGUUUGUUGCAUAAUCUCUUAAUAUCUCCAAAUUUUCUUUUAUUAUUCAUUACAAAGAACAAUUCUUACUUUUAAAGUCACAAGAACUUAGAGAAGUUUCAGAUUUGUUUGAAGUCUAGAU